CAUCAUCAAUCACAAGCAAGCUUCAAAUAUCCCCCGUGGCCCAGUUCUCCGUUUCUCCUUCUUCUCAGAUAUUCAUCGCCUCUUCAAACUGUUAGAUUCCCCUUCAAUCAACCCAACACAAACAUUCAAGUUCGAGAAGUUCAAUCAGCACAUUUAAGGACAUAGCCACAAUGUCUCUCAAAUCAGCCAACUUCCCCUCCUCAGCCGCCUUCGACGCCAUCGCCGCCUCGCUCUCCACCUCCGAGUCAGACCGUAGAGACGCGAUAAAAAAAGGCGGCGCAAUUUUUGCGUUUCAACUCAAAAACGGCGAAAAGGUCGAGUCGUGGUACAUUGACCUCAAAGAAACCGGGACCGUGGGCAAGGGCACUGCGCCCGAGGGAAAGAAGGCGAAUGUUACGUUGGUGUUGAGUGAGAAGGAUUUCCAGCAGCUAAUUGCAGGCAAGGCGAAUGCGCAGAAGCUGUUUAUGAGUGGGAAGUUGAAGGUGAAAGGCGACGUUAUGAAGGCGACGAGGGCAGAGCCGAUUUUAAAAAAGGCGCAGACAGGGGCGAAGCUGUAGUUUGGGGGGAGGGAGUGUAUGAUACGUAUGGAUGGUAGUGCUGUCGGAGGUGGAUGGACCGCUGGUUCUAGGUGAGGGGGUCUUACAAUUUAAAUACCUGAAUGUGGCCUGUUUUUACAUAUCUGUGCACAUAUGUGAUAACCUUCCUACUUGGUAAUUACACAAAUAUAGUCGUC